AUGUCAUAUCAGAUACAUCAACCUCCCUCAUCCUUCUUUGAUCCUACCAACAUACCCGUCACCUCGCUCAACUGCCCUCCAAACUACCCCGAGACCUACCUGGACAGACUGGUGCGAAGCAAACAAUCUGUGUCACCAGCACCUAGCUCAGCAGCUUGUGAUCAAUUCUACAACAAUAACGAUUAUUCGUAUAACACCUACAACUCAAGACCAGGCAUGAGCGCUGCCGCUGUCUCGCCCAUGUCUUCAAAUCAACCUCAUACGAUGAUGGCCAACAUGCAUCUGAAUAUGCAGAAGAACAUGAUGAGCUAUCCAGACUCUGCUACAGUACGACAACCACCUGCGCUAAAUCCUGCUCCGCCCACCAAACAAGCUUAUCCAACUCCAUACGCAGCUCAAGCUCAGAAUGUUGCUCAGAAACCAUCAAGAUUCCAACAACUCCUCGAUCAGAAAUUUGCGGCUGAGCAGCGCGCUAGGAAUGCUACCGCCGCAUCCCCCCAACCAUCUCAUCAGAACAUCACGACAUCAAGCGACUAUCUGCAACAUGUCAGAUCUCAGAUGACGCAGCAGGCGAAUGAUACGGUCUUCCACAAAGAUUUCGUUAGCAAUCAGUAUACUCAGCCAUUUCAAGCACAACAGCAACCAGCUCAACCUCCACAACUCGUCAAUAAACCUCAAACCCCCCAGGUAUAUCCCAUCGCACAGAAUCCAUCCCAGUCUUAUACAAAUGUGCCAGCACAGUAUCCCGCACAGCAGCAAGCUCCCUUGCCUCAACAGCCACAGUCACAGCCACGACGUCCGUCGGAAUACUCUCCCUCAGCUCAUUCAUCUAACAAUCCGAUCAAUGUUGCGUCAUUCAAUGCGUCACAUCUCCCCGUCAAUAUCGCUCCAUCCGUCCAGUCCAACUCUGGGCCGCCUUGGCGAAACACUCCCUAUUCUCAACUCCCUGGUGCUGUGUCCAGCUUCAACACGCCGCAGCUCAUAUCCUCGAGUUCUGUCUCUGCCCCACCUCCGGUCAGUCAGAACGAUAACAGGAAUAAACAAUGGAUUCAGAACGCGGGCAUGAAUGGCUCGACGAAUGGCCCUGUCAACACCGGUAAUAUUCCGCUGGCUCCGUCCCACUUCCAACAGCAGGUCGCUCAACCACAAGUCACACCUUCAUUCUCAUGGAACGUCACCGAUGAAGGUGAAGAAUCAUCGUACAACGCGCAUACCUCCCUCGAUCGAACUUCUGUACGAUCGCCCUCCAGACCUUCAACAUCGUCUUCUUCUUUGCCUGUCACCCCGACCGCUGCUACUCAGUACUCUCAGUGUCCCAAUAACGCAAACACAAACAGGUCAACGCCAUUCUUGACAGUAAAAAUCGAACCUGAUACCCAUCAUUUGACUGUACCAUCCACAUCUCAACCACAAAAUAUAUCACCUACCUCCUCAGGUUCGUCAAGUGUCGGUGGUAAUUCCCCUUUGUUAGAAUACGGAGCGAGGAUGUUCACCAACAUGAAUGGAUCGUUUUCCCUUCCCGGACCAGCGAUGUACAUGGCUUCGACCAAUGGUGGUGGUGCAGGAGGACCGUCAACCUUGGCUAACGGGAUGGCAGGAGGUGAUGGUGGUGGUGGUGGAGAAGACUGGUCAAAUGGUGGAACCGGUGAAGAAUCAGGAUCAGGUGGUCAGGACGGUUCAGGAUCAGGAUCAGGAGGAGAUGGCAAUGGAAACAAUGGGAAUGGUGAUCAGAAUGAUGAUAACAACACGAAUGGAGGCGGCGGAUCAGUAAAGAAGGGCAAGAAAUUGACCUUGGCUUGUCAUUUCUGUCGAAGAAGGAAACUGAAAUGUAAUGGAGUUCAACCUCGAUGCGAUAAUUGUACGAAACGAAACGAGCAUUGUUCAUGGGAUGGGAACGUACGACGUCGAGGACCUGGUAAAGCUACGAAGGAAAGGAGAGAGAAAGCUGCUAGAGAAGCUUUGGCAGCUGGAUUGACCAAUGAAGACUCCUGCCAUGCCGACACCAACACCGAACAACACCAACAUGAUCAUCAACAUAUUGAAGGAGGAGAACAUGAUUUAGUCGAUUUACCUAUUGUGGUAGCUCUGAAUUCGUUACCUGAUUUACAAGAAGAUUCCAAUGGAGAAUUCCGUCUGGACCAUUCUCAUUUACAAUCACUUGGUCAUGAUCCAAAUGUAAUUUCAGGACAAGGAGGUGAAGAAGGAUUGGAAAGUAUAACAUUGGACAGGUUACCUGAAUUACAUCAAGAUAACGAUAACAACGAUGAUAUACCGAUCGAUCCUGCUCUGGCUGCCCUGUCGGCGGUGUUACCUGUUCCAGGAACGUUGGCUGAACUGGAGACACCUCAAACGACAUCGGUAAAAGCGGAGAAAAGGAAAUCAGGUGUUGAUAUUGAGGGUGUAAUGGGAUUGGAUGAUGAAAGUGCGAAAAGAAUGAAAUUGGAUGAGAACACGUAUAUUCAGGAUCAGUAA